AAUCUGGUCAUAGAACUUUAUCAAUUUGCUACCCUCAACGAGGUCUUGUUGUGAUCUUAUAAAAAGCAAUGAAAAAGCUCCCCUGCGUGUUAUUCAAUUACAGUUAGCUAAGGUAGAUAGACUAUAGGAAGCAAAAAUUGCUUCUCAAAAUGCAUACGAAAUAUAAUAAUAUUACUAAAGUCUGGACAAGUCCCAGCAAAGACAAAGAGUAUUGUGGUUUGGGUGAAUUGAUUUUGACAAAAUUAAAGGAACAAAAUCAGGAGAGAGCCUUCGAAUUGUUUUAUGAUCGUGGAAUUCAGUUGACAGUUGGUGAUAUUCGUCGUCAAACAAUUACAGUGGCACAAAACUUACAAAGAAUUGGGGUGACGAAAGGUGACACUGUCGUAAUGUAUUCCAUGUCAAACGAAAAAGUUACUCCAAUUGCUUUUGCCUGUUACACUAUUGGAGCACCGAUCAAUUUUUUUGAGACGAAUCUUGAAGGAGACGAUAUCAAACAUGUUCUUCAACAAGUCGAUGCAAAAGUCAUAAUCAUUGACGAGAAAUAUCGAUCUAGACUUUCUGAGGCUCUUGAAAGCUCCAAUCUUCCAAAUUUGAAGCAUGUUCUCAGUCUUGGUUCGAUGAAUCCUUCAGUCAAUGAAGUCCUUUUCCGAGAAUGUGGAGACAUUGACAGUUUUCAACCACCUCAAAUUGAAGAUCCCAAGACUUAUCCAGCUGCUCUUCUGCUGACUUCCGGAACAACAGGCUUACCAAAGAUAAUAAUGCACUCACACGCAGUAUUGACGGAAGGUAUAUUUUCUUGGUGGAAUUUGGAACGUGGAAACAAAAUAUUUUGCUUCAGUCCACUUCGUUGGAUAAGUACAGUUUCCAUAAUGUUACAACCUGUUUUCUAUGAGGUCGAAAGGAUCUACACAUCCCAAGAGCCUUCUGGAAUUUUGGGCAAGGAACUAAUUGAUUCCUGCAGCAUAACACAUUUCUUUACAGUUCCUGCAAUGUAUUUGGAUAUUCUCAAGGCUGCAGAAACUUCUGGAGAUCCUUGUAGUUUGAGCUCGUUGAAAAUCGCUUUAGUAGGUGGUGAACCAGUUUCGGAAGCUUUGAUAGAACAUUUUUCAAAAGCAGUGCCAAAUUGUAAGCCAGCGAUUUUAUAUGGAAUGACGGAAUUCGGUGGAGUUUUAUCGUCAGAUGAAGAUAUUCCUCAGAAAAACAUUAACGGGGGUGAAUUGAGAAGAGGUUUCAUGGUGAAAAUUAUUGAUGACAAUGAUACGCCGUUAGGACCUAAUAAAAUGGGUCAAUUGUGUGUUAAGAGGACAUCUCUGGAAUAUCUGAAAUAUUUGAAAAAUGAUAAAGCCAAUAAAGAGAAUUUUCUUGAAGGUGGAUGGUUGAAUACUGGAGACUAUGGUUAUAUGGAUUCUGACAAUUUUUUGAAUAUUGUAACACGUUAUAAGUAUUUAGUGAGGUCUGGAGGGAAUAUUAUCAUUCCAAACACAGUUGAGAAAAUAAUUGGAAGCCAUCCUAGAGUGCAAAUAUCUGUUUUAAUUGGACAUCCAAAUCCUGAAGUUGAAAAUGAUGAAAUAGGAACUUUAUUUGUCGUCUUGCGAAACGAUGGUGGUAACAGUUCCAAAGAGAUCGAAAAAGAAUUGAUGGAUCUUUUGAAAACAAAAUGCACAAAGGAGCAAAUACAAGCUGUUCGGCACAUCAAAGUGAUUUCUGAAAUGCCUCUGACAAGUUGUGGGAAGGUUGAUCGAACAACACUUAAAAGUAUGGCUAUUUCUUGAUUUGAAAGUAAUGAUAUUGAAUAUAUUAAAUUAAAAAA